AUGAGGAUGAUGGGAGCAAAAGACAUAUUAUUCGUCACCAUCAGUCAGAAUGUGUCUUUUGUUGGCAAAAUCUGGUGGAUGUUGAUGCUGGUUUUCCGUCUUCUCGUCCUCCUGCUCGCUGGCUUCACCCUCUUCAGCGACGAGCAGGAGAGAUUUAUCUGCAACACCAUCCAGCCGGGCUGCUCCAAUGUUUGCUUUGACAUAUUUGCUCCUGUAUCCGUCCUCCGUCUCUGGCUCCUCCACCUCAUUCUUCUCUGCCUUCCCCAUUUAAUUUUUGCAACCUACAUCAUGCAUAAAGUUCUGUCGCGUCCCUAUUUCGGGGGUUUCUAUUGCGACAGGAGUCGAGGAGGUUCUCCUUUCACCCUCGACAACUCAAACUCCUCGAGAGAACUGUCGUUGCAUAAAGCCUCACUUGAACGUGAACUGGCAGCACCACGUUUCUGCUGCGCUUACUUGUUAGUAGUAAUUUUACGGAUACUUCUCGAAGCUGUUUUCGGUUCCGGCCAGUUUCUUCUCUUUGGUUUGUCUAUCCCAAAGAGUUUCUUCUGUUAUGAAGCUCCCUGCACAUCUGGGGUGGAAUGCUACAUCUCCAGACGCACUGAGAAGACCUUGAUGCUCAACUUUAUGCUCGGCGUUGCAGUUUUGUCCAUUCUGCUAAGUCUGGUCGACCUAUUGAGCUCUGUGAAGGCGAUGGUGAGGUGGAGGAAGAAGAAGGAGAUGCUGAUGGAGGAGAUGAGUAAGGGGGAACAAAGCAGUAUGUUCACAGCCACGACCCUGACAGAAGAAGACGUCAUUUUAACCAGGAGAGUCAGCCGAAGUGGAAGCUCGAAGAUGAAUGGUGCUGCUGUUGUGCCAACUGGUGAGCUUUACCACACUAAAGUGACUGGUGUACUCGAAGCAAACGAAUCUGCUGACGAGAGAAGCCCAGAAAGCAAAGAGGGAGAAGUGGAGAUGCCUGACAUGAUCACUCCAACACCAACUCACUAUGUAAUUCACAGCCAUUCGAGACCUGCGAUAUCCCCUCGGCCAGAUAACGCACCAUUACCAAACCCGAGAGCAACAACACCUAUAGGUGUCAAAAAGAUGGCCCAGUUCACUGCAGCUGGCAGCAGCUCAGGACAACAGUCUGAUAGCAGUGGAUCCCAGGACAAGAGAGCCUGGGUGUAAUGGACUGAGGCCCUUUAUCACCGUCACUGGACGAAAACACUUCUCGCAAACCCUGAUGUUCUUCUUCAUAUCUAUUUUUAUUGCAUGAAUAAAUAGGACUAGCUAAAGAAUAUUUUAUUUACAGUGGAUUAAAUUAUGUUACUAAAAUGUGCAAUAUGAAAAGAGAAGUGAUAAACCUGCAGAAAAUGUUCAUCAAACUAUAACAGAUCUGUUAUAGUUAUAUCCUCGUUCAGCUGGUUGGUUUGGUUUCUGGUCUUCAGUCUCUCAAACUAUUAUUUAUU